AUGCCCCAAAUGUCGCCGCAGCUGCCACAGAUGUCUCCCCAGAUGUCGCCUCUGCCACAAAUGUCGCCUCAAAUCCAGAUGGGCCAGCUCCCCCAGAUGUCUCCUCAGAUGGGGCAGCUGCCUCAGAUGGCCCCGCGGCCUUCCUACUCACCACCCCAGAACCCGCCAUCACCCGCGCCGACGCCUCAGCCAGGAUUCGCGAUGCCCCCUAACAAACGUCCGCGCAAUUCGCCUGGGCCUCUCGCUCAACCUCCGUCUCCUUACACAGCUUCACCAUAUGCUAUGAGCCCCCAGGCGCCAGCACACCCCCAGGCGCCGGCACAUCCCCAGGCGCCGGCACAUCCCCAAGCGGCAGCGCGCCCCUUGCCAGCACCCGCACCGGCGCCAGCGCCCUCACCAGCCCUCGGCUCCCCGAAUAUACCAGCGCCGAUUCAGCCUCAGCCUCACCAGCAACUUUACCUCCCUCCGUCGUACGCCAACGGAAACGGUAGCGCGAAUGGCAACACUAACGGCAAUGCUAAUGGCAAUGGCAACUCGGCAUCGAGCCCUGUGGCAACACCCACUCUCACUUUGCCCGAGUCGCGCCCAGUUUACACGCCGACUUCAGCUCCUCCGGCUCCCUUACCAAGCCAACAACAGUACACCACGGCGACCAUGGCGCCUAUUCACCAGCAGCUGAACCUGCCACCCCCCACGCCAGGCACCAUGGGUCCUCCUUCGAAACCCGCAGAGCGUCCGACUAGGGAAUACGAGUACGAUGUGAGCGACUCCUUGGCUGGUACCGGCAUCGAUCUGCGCGCCGAAGAACAGGCUCUGGCCGACUACUACGCCGGCUCUUUUGCUCAGGAGGCAAAGACCGGCGCACCGUCCAAUGCGCCUGGAGGCAAGGGGUCGUUCUAUGGCGCAGGCUGGGCCAAUCAGCCCGCCCAGGCGACCGACGCCUCCCAGGAAGAAUUCGCUGCCGAGGCAGCCAAGAAGUCUUGGGAAGACGCGGCCAACAGGCUGGCUACCCAACGCAUCGUCGAGAUUAAAAACCCCUUCCUACAAGUCAGCAUUGCACACUACAGGGCCGACAAGAUUGCCAAGGAACAUGGCAUCGGUCUCAAUGUAGACUUCAAGACUCAAAAUCAAAUGGGCAAGAUGAGGCUUCCCCAAGACUUUCCACAACCCAAAGUCACGGUGAGCACCAAAGUCGGCCCGGAUGGCGCCAUGGUAAUGACUUCGGGCUCGUGGAUACCCCAUGACUCCUACUUGGCAGACCAGCUGGCGCUUUUGUCGAUUGCAACACGACAUCGUAUUAGGGAAAUGCUUGAGGAGGCCAACAGCGUGGCCAUUAUUCGCCAGACAACGUCACAUGGAGAAGUGCCUGAGGAGUGGGCGGAUGUAUCGCAGCCUCUGAAGACCGGACUCGAGUCACUCCCGGACGAUUUAGUGGGCGGUGUGGCCCCGCAAACAAACCCCCUCAAGCGCUCCUUUGAUGCCGCUAAUGCUGAUAACCCACCACCCACAGGCGAUAAAGCAUUGCCCAAGAACCUGAAGGAAGCCGUCAACGCCGCGGCCAAGCUCGACCGUGAUAUCGAGGAGGCAAGGAUGAAGAAGCGUCAGAAGCGCUUGAACCCAGAAGCGGCGCCCGGCGGCUCGCGACCAGGCUCCACGGUUCCUGGAACUCCUGGCUCGACUGCUCUCGAAACCGAAAAAGCACCUUCCAAGAAGGAGCUCAAAAAGGGAGCCGCGGCGGCAAGGAUGUCGGAGGCCUCCAGCACCGCAAGCGCCAAUCAGACCCUCAGCACCCUCAUGGGCGGCUUCGGAGGUAAAAAGAAGAUCAAGCAGUAUUCCUGGAUGAAGGCCGGGAAUAGCGGCCCAGCCACUCCUAGAUCCAGUGCGCUAGACGGGACAUCGGCGGCCACGACACCUGGCUUGAAAGCGCCCGAGAGUACAGCCCUCACGAUAGAUGGGAGAACGCGGCUUGGCGUCUGGCGAGAAGACAAACAAAAAGGCAAAAACAUACAGCUCCGAGAUUGGGUCACGGUCCUGGAACAGGACGGCAUGGACACGCGGGCGAUUCAGAGUGCUUAUCUGAAGCUGGAUGACUCAACGCCUAAGUGA